UGUGCGGCUUAAAAAUGGCGUGCCUGUUUCGGACGUACAGUGUAGUGUGUUAGUUGUCCGGAACCGCCAACAUGUCACCACCAAGAAUAAUGGACUUCAACCGAACUGUAUCCAGACCUUUGCCACUCAUACUUAAUUUUGCGGACGGCGAUGGUGAGACACGCUCAUUGGGAUGGAACGUUCCACCCGAAGAACUCGUUUAUAUACCAGAACACUGGCUGGCAUAUGAGGAUAUAAAUCCCUAUUACCACAUUUCAUUAGUAUUUCUCUAUGCAUUUCUAAUGUUUUUCUCGUUGAUCGGAAACGGUUUGGUCUUAUGGAUAUUUAGUUUAGCUAAACCAUUACGAACUCCGUCUAAUAUAUUUGUAGUCAAUUUGGCAUUUUGUGAUUUUAUGAUGUUAACAAAAGCACCACUUUUCAUACACAGUACACUUUUUGUUGGAUACUUGGAACAUGUACAUUGCCAGGCUUUUGCAGCAAUCGGAGCUAUCAGCGGAAUUGGAGCAGCGACUACAAACGCUGCAAUCGCUUAUGAUAGAUAUAACACUAUAGCGAGACCGUUUGAUGGACGCAUGACCUAUGGUAAAGCGUUUUUCAUAGUCAUUUGCAUAUGGUGUUAUGCCAUUCCGUGGAUUUACCUUCCUUUGUCGGAAACAUGGAGUCGUUAUGUACCCGAGGGAUUUUUAACAACUUGUUCGUUCGACUAUUUAACACCGACAAACGAAAUCAGGACUUUCACUGGAGUGAUGUUCGUAGUCUGUUACUGUAUACCAAUGUCAUUUAUAAUAUAUUUUUAUUCGCAAAUCGUCUCCCAUGUGUUCAGACACGAAAAAGCUCUCCGGGAACAGGCUAAAAAAAUGAACGUUGAUUCGUUACGGAGCAACCAAGAUGCAAACGCUCAAUCGGCCGAAGUGAGGAUCGCAAAAGCUGCUAUUACUAUUUGUUUCUUGUUCGUAGCCGCAUGGACCCCAUAUGCAGUAGUAGCUUUGAUCGGAGCAUUCGGAGAUAGGUCAUUGUUAACUCCUGGUGUUACAAUGAUACCGGCAACUUUUUGCAAAACCGUGGCCUGCUUUGACCCAUAUGUGUACGCGAUAAGUCAUCCUAAAUACAGGAUGGAAUUGUCCAAACGAAUUCCUUGUCUUGGAAUUAAAGAAACUCCUCCAGCGGCAGCUGAGACCCAAUCUACGACCACUACUACUGCUUAACGUGUUUAAAUAUUUAAAGGUUAAAAAAAAUGUAUUGAUGGUAUGGUUUUUGUAGAAAAAUUACCUAAUGUGUGUCUUAUACAACAACAUCCGAAGUGACUUAAAUAUAAAAUUUAUCAGUUGUCUGCUGAUCUUUCCUGAUAUUUUAAUAUACAUGAUAUAAUAUUAUCCGAAUAUACAGGUUUUAUAAAAAACUAAAAUCUUUGUUUGUAUUAAA